AUGGCUCCUCUACGCUUGCGUGUCGACGGCUGUACCUUCCGGGACCCGAGCAACCGCGAGGUCACCCUGCACGGCAUCAACGUCGCCGCAGACGCCAAAUUCCCCGCCCACCCGGACCAACCCUCACACGUCGCCGAUGCCUUCUAUGACGGCGACACCGUAUCUUUCGUCGACCGUCCAUUCACUGUUGACACCGCUCGCACCCACUUCACAAGACUGAGGAAGAUAGGCUAUAAUACCAUCAGAUACGUCUUCACGUGGGAGGCAAUCGAGCAUGCGGGACCGGGCAAGUACGAUGAGGAGUGGAUACAGCACACCAUCUCCAUCCUUCGAGUGGCCAAGGAGUACGGCUUCUAUGUGUUCAUGGAUCCGCACCAGGAUGUCUGGUCCAGAUUCACCGGCGGCUCGGGCGCUCCUCUCUGGACAAUCUACGCCUGUGGACUGAAUCCGCGAACCUUUGAUGUCACCGAAGCUUCCCUCGUCCAGAACACUUACCCCGACCCCGAACAAUUCCCCAAGAUGAUCUGGGCUACGAAUUACUCCCGGUUGUCGUGCCAGGUCAUAUUUACCCUCUUCUUCGCGGGGAAGACAUUCGCGCCGAAAGCGAUCAUUGAUGGCGUGAACAUUCAGGAUUACCUCCAGAAUCACUUCUUCGCCGCUGUUAAGCACCUGGCGCUACGCAUUCAAGAAGCGGGUGAUUUGGAUAAUGAGUUGAUUAUCGGCUGGGAGAGCUUGAACGAGCCGAACAGGGGACUUAUCGGGUGGGAGGAUCUGUCGGCGAUUCCCAAGGAACAGAAGUUGCAGAAAGGCACAUCGCCAACUGCCUGGCAAGCCAUCCUCACGGGUUCUGGAAGAGCAUGCGAAAUCGACACCUGGGAUUUUGGCGGAUUAGGACCUUACAAGUCAGGAUCGGUGCUCGUGGAUCCUGAAGGGCAGUCGGCCUGGCUACCUGCGGAUUACGACGAAACCCACUACGGCUUUCAGCGUGAUCCGGGGUGGAAGUUGGGGGAGUGCCUGUGGGCACAGCAUGGAGUUUGGGACCCUGAAUCAGAUACCCUGCUCAAGAAGGACUAUUUCUCCAAGGAUCCCGAGAACGGCGAGACGAUCAGCUACGAGUACUUCACGAACAAAUGGUUCAUGCAGUAUUACAGGAGGCAUAGGGACAUGGUCAGGAGCGUUUUCCCCGAGACAAUCAUGUUCUGCCAACCACCGGUCUUGGAGAUUCCACCCUCGAUCAAGGGCACCGAGGACGAUGACCCGAAUAUGGUUUUCACGCCUCAUUUCUACGACGGCGUCACGCUCAUGACGAAGAAGUGGAACAGGGUAUGGAAUGUCGAUGUUUUUGGUGUUCUUCGCGGCAAAUAUCUGUCCCCGGUAUUCGCCAUCAAGAUUGGAGAGACCGCCAUUAGAAACUGCUUCCGAGACCAGCUGGCUGCCAUCAGAGAUGAAGGGUUGGACAAGAUGGGACCGCGCCCUUGUGUCUUCAGCGAAAUAGGAAUUCCGUACGACAUGGAUGACAAGCACGCGUACAAGACUGGCGAUUACACCAGCCAGAUUCUGGCCAUGGAUGCAAACCAUUACGCGCUAGAAGCUAGCCAUGCAACUGGCUUCACUCUAUGGACCUACGUGGCUACAAAUAACCACAGAUGGGGAGACCAGUGGAACGGAGAAGACUUGUCGAUCUUCUCGCUGGACGACCCGCCAUUACCUACGCUGUCGUCGCCUACGUCGGAUCCUGAGUCACCGUCGUACUCACGCAGCCAAUCAUCCGAGACAACACGCGUGUCGCCGUCAAACCUGAAGCAGACACUUGGCGAGGACGAGAUGACCUCCAGUGCGCUUAGCAACAGCAGCAAGUCGGAUAAACAAGGCUACCGGGCAGCUGAAGCUUAUGUUCGGCCGACGCCAACGCUGACUCACGGCACGAUUCUCAACUAUGGGUUUGACCUGCGCAACUGCGUGUUCACGCUCUCAUUGGAGGCGCCCAGCUCGUCCGGUGAGGGAGGCCCUACGGAAGUGUUCCUGCCCGAGUUCCACUUCCCGCAAGGAGACGUGUCGGUGGAAGUUAGCGGAGGAAAGUGGACGAUUAGCAUGGAGGACACGGCAGCAGGCCCGAUCCAGAUGCUGAAGUGGUGGCAUGCGGAGGGCGAACAGAAGAUUACGGUGACGGGCGUGAAGAGCCGGCAGGCGCUUGGCGGGGACGAGGACGGAUACAUCGAACAGUGCCAGCAGACGACAGGGCAAAAGUGCGUGGUGAUGUGA